CUUGUCGUCACGGUGAUCGUUGUAGCAGGAAGCAUGUUAAACCGACCUUUUCGCAAACAAUCUUAUGCUCCAACAUCUACCAAAAUCCCGCGCACGACACGAAUUGUAAUAUGUCAGAGGAACAAAUUCAAGCGCAUUUUGAUGACUUUUAUGAGGAUUUUUUCACAGAGUUGUGCAAAUAUGGUGAGGUUGAAGAGAUGCACGUCUGUGAUAACGUUGGCGAUCACUUGAUUGGAAACGUUUAUGCUAGGUUUAGAUAUGAAGAAGAUGCACAGAAAGCAGUGGAUAAUCUAAAUCAAAGGUUUUACGCUGGACGACCAAUUUACGCAGAACUUUCUCCAGUAACGGAUUUUCGAGAAGCAUGUUGUCGUCAGAACGAGAAUGCAGAAUGUACUCGAGGCGGUUUUUGUAAUUUUAUGCAUUUGAAAGAAGUAUCACGUUAUUUAAAAAAGGAACUGUUUGCUGCUCAACGAAAUUAUUUACGAGAGCAAAGACGCGCCAAUCGAGAAAAAAGUGGUGAAGACGAGUCCCAUCGUUCGAGGAGUAUGUCUUUAGAUCGUCAUAGGGAUAAAUCAAGAGAUCGAUCUCGAAGAAGCACACGACGAAAUCGUGAUCGUAGAGACAGUUACGACGACUAUCGAUAUGAAUAUUAA